AUGGAAGAAAAUAAAAUCCAAAUGUCACAAGGAAUAAUUGAAAUAAUAAAAUUGCGGGACAAAUCGGAAAAUCUUAUUAUAGAAAAACAGGAGGUAGCGAAAAAAAUUAAACAAUUCUACACCGAUUUUUUCUCAACCAUCAUUUCAAACACAAUCGAAGAAAAAAGACAAAUUCUAAACAUAAGUUCUGAGGAAAUUCCAGAAAUAAGUCAAAACAUAUUAGAAAUGGCAUUGAAUCAAAUAAAAAGUAUAAAAUGUCCAGGAGAAAACAGAGUAGCUACUAAAAUCUUGAAACUAUCAGAAAGUGCAUCGAAAAACGAAGAAUACCUAAAAACUCCUAUAGGCGGUUGGUAA